GGCAAGGUGACAAUUUCAGCCAAACUAAGAGAGUUUCAGUGAAGUGAUGCUGCGUGUAUCAUUAUUCCUAAAAUCAUAGUUUUAUGUGCAAUCGUGCAGCCCACUCACAGAUAGCUGCAGCUUCACCAGUAUAUGUGAUGUACUAUAAGUAGCAUUUAAACAUGCAAGAGUGUGAUCAUAAAUAACUAGCCAUCCAAUAAAAACAGCGGCUGUGCUGUUCUUUCUUUGCUGUUUGAGGCCGAUCUGCCCUCCUUAGCUUCAUGAUCCCAAUCCCUACUUCCUCCCCUCAUCCACCCUCUAAAUCCGCUCACCUGAAACGUACCCUAAUGCUUUUAUUCCCUUGCUCAUGCAUAGAAGAAUUCUUUUGUUGGGAUCCAGAUUUGUCUGCAGCAUCCAGAAUGAAAAGCAUUUCUUGUACAGUGAACACUUACAGAGGUUAAAAGAUUAGGUAAAGACUCGCACAGUGUCAUGCUCUUUGACACCCACCAGGACAAUCCACCUUUGCUCUUCAGCCUCCUUUUGAACCAGACGCUCACUCAGCAGAUUAUGCGGCUGUAUGACAUUUAAAUUUAGUUUGUCUUAUGUUUUUAGUCAUGAUUUCUUAUUCAACUUAAUAAACAGGAAAAAAGCCCUGUCCAUCAUAUUUAUUUUCACUCUGUAGUCCUUGACUCUUUAUUAAGAUAAAAAAUGAUGCUUGAAUUGGCACAUAAAGCUGAGUGAUGCCUUCUGAGUUGCUGCAGUAUUCCUCAUCCAUGGUCACGCCUGCUGUUACACUAAUAGCCUCUGCCCAGCUUGCUUCUUCCAAUAACGUUAGGGUGUAAUCCUCACCAGCUAAUGAACAACCAAGUCGGAUUUCAGGUGCAGGGUAAACCUCAAGCUGAUGCCCCAACCUUUACAGCUCAGUGAGGUGCAGGGACAAGUGGGGACGACGGAGGACUGGGCAACUUUAAAUAAAGUAUUUUUAAGACUGUCACAGGACAGACAUGAUUGCGUUUUGUUGUAGUUGAUGGGAAAAGGAGUACAGGAGAAAAGGGAGCAUAUGUUGGAUGUCACCCAAUUGGAUUUAAUCUAUUGUCUUUGAGUCCUCAUUUAGGUCCCUGCUACAUCCGGAAAGAACAGUAAGUGCUACUUUACUCAUGUUUUUAAUCUAUAUUGUACAUAGUGUAAAAAUGGAUGUUAAAUACUUUCUGUUUGAGAAAAGAAGUAUUCACUGACAUGACAUUAUCAGAAACUUUUGACAUUAUUCACCUGAGAAACAUAUUUUUUGCAUUCACCCUUUUCUUUAAUCAAAAUUAAAAAAAAAAAAUAAAACUUUGACAUUCGCUUAAUUUGUGCAAGUUCUUCAAUGACAUUAAGUUCUUUUAAUAAAGUGAAAAGAUAUAAUUAAGUUCACUUGGUUCAAUAAAACCAGAUAUUUUUUAUGACUGAUUCAAAACACUUGCAGAGGCACUCCUGUUGAAAGGUCACGUUAAAAUAAGUAUGAAAAUUGAGGUUAAUUAACAAUAAGGCCAAUCGUCUCUCCGAAAAUCUCUGGUAUCAACAGUCAGUGUUAAUUGGAUUAAGGGGAAAGCCAAGAGUAUCACUACAUGUACCAGGUCAAGACGCAGCAGCUUAUACACAUGAAAUAGACACCCUGAAAGACUUAACACUGUCAGCAAAUUAUCUGCUUUAUUCUUCCUGUCUAAUUUGGUUGCACAGAAAUGUAUACUUAGUGCUGCAUGCAAAGGACUUUAUGUUGGUUGCAGAAGUUAUUGACAACCUAAAACCAUCCUCAUCCACAGUAUAAACUUUUUUUCAGUCUCUUGGAGUAAAAAACAUAAAAGCUUCUUUUUGAUGGUUAAUUUUUUGCAUGCAAGAUUAGCAGACAGAAUAUCAAGAGUACAAUAAAAGCAGGUGAAAUCAGGGCUCAAUUUAACAGUGUGCUUAGUCACUGAAAUUUCACAAAUGCAUUUUAAUUUAAUGUUAAACAAGGAUCAAAAUAGAGAAAACAUAGUUGAGCAAGAAUACUUGAGCAUGCUAAAGCCCACGCUUGCAGCGCUUUGAAUCCAUUGCAUUGUGUGAAUGUGUACACAUGUAAGUGCACCCAUGAUAGAUAGUCUGUCCUGAGAGAGACCUCUUUCAAGGUGGUUUGACUUUUGAACAGCAGGGUGCAGCAUAUCACAACAUUAUUCAAUAUCAUGCUUUAACAUCUUACUUGUAAGCAGAUAUUUUGCUCAAAAGAUACGCAUGAUUUCCUUGAAGAAUCUCUGAAAAACCAGGUCAUAACGUCUUAAACUACAAGAGAAACUGUGCUGCGGGUAUUAAGGUAGUCCCUAUUGUGGUCUUAAGGACCAGAGUAAGCUGAUUAGUGGACUUCUCACUGUGUCAUGGAGAGGGAGGAAACAAUAUAUGGUCAGUGUAAUCUCAACAGAGCAUGGGAACAAAAAAACAAACAAGUGCUGAUCACUACUUCAAACAUUUUUAGGGUUUUAUUAACCCCUGUGCUGGUUUUGUGUGUGCCUAACAGAGGUGAAGCCAUGGACAUCGGUGGUUUGGAGACGGUGGUGGCAAACUCUGCAUAUGUUUCAGCCCGUGGCAGUGUGGAUGGAGCUGCAGCGGCCUCUUUGCGUGACAAAAAGAUGCGUGCCAGGCUGAAACUCCCGCACAUCAGAGAGUGUGAACACAUGAAGACAACUGUAGACUCAGCCUUUGACAGCAUGUGUGUUAGGCAGCCCAUUGGUAAGCGCCUCUUCCAACAGUUUCUGGAUAGUGAUGCAACCCAUAAAAAUGCUGGAGAGCUGUGGAAAGACAUCGAAGACUACACAACAUGCCAGGAAAAGGACAGAGUGCAGAAGGCCCAAAAAAUGGUCAAUAAAUACUAUGAGUCUGCUUCAAAGGGUUUUUGCAGCUUCCUGGAGGAGAAGGCCGUCACUCGAGUCAAGGAAGACUACAAGAAUGUCCGUGGUGAUCUCUUCAAGGAGAGUGAGCAGCAGCUGCUUAAACAUUUUGAGAAGAAGGCCUUAGAUGGCUUCAAGAACAGCAUGUACUUCCUGCGUUACGUUCAGUUCAAAUGGCUGGAGAGCCAGCCUGUUGAUGAGGAGUGGUUCAUGGACUUCAGAGUCCUGGGUAAAGGAGGUUUUGGGGAAGUGUUUGCUUGUCAGGCAAAGGCAACAGGCAAAAUGUACGCCAACAAGAAGCUGGAGAAAAAGAGGCUGAAGAAACGCAAAGGCUAUGAGGUAAAGUCCUCAUAUGACAUCUGUUGUCCCACCCAUAUCCUUUCAUAACGUCAACGGACAACACAGGGCAAGUUUGUUCUAUCAGCAGUGAUGAAAUGAGAAAGACGGCUCUGUAACUCAGCAAGAGCAGAGAGUUAGUUUCUAAUGCAAAGGGCUCAAUGUAAAGAAGCUUGUGUGUCUUUCAAAGACCUCACAAAGGAGCUCAGAGCCAGACACGGUGGGCUUGACUGACGCCUACAGCCUUUAAAAGCAUUAGUGGAUAAUGAACUUUCAAAGGUGUUGCCUGUCAUUAGAGCAGCACAUCACUUUUGUUUCUAGGCUAACAGCCUGGUAGUCUUGACGGUAUGUACCAAAAUAAAAGACAUAAAUACUCAAACAAACAGAGAGGCCCAUUACAGCUAUGGCAUGCUUAGAUCUUGUUGGAUGACAAGUUAAACUCCCUGCUGUCAUUUGGCUUGAGAAGAAUACUAUAAUCUGUCAGAGAUUAACCUUUAUUUUAAAUUGUACCUACACAUGACUAGGUAUUUCGAUGUGAUAAAAUAGCCUAUCAUGGCAAAAAUGUAACUGCAACUUUCAGAUGGAUAAAGGAACUCAAGAGCUCUUGUGUGAUCAGUUAUAUAGAAAAAGGAAUUUGUAAUCUAGCUCCAGUAAGAGUUAUUCUAUUGUUGUUAAGAGCGAAAAAGCAGUCUGCAAGUUUUCAAACUUACCAAAUGACACACUUCUUCCUGUAUGGUCAAUGAUCUUCUGUUGCUGGUUUGUGCAUAGGGGGCAAUUGUGGAGAAGCGUAUCCUGGCAAAAGUUCACAGUCGCUUCAUUGUGUCACUGGCUUACGCCUUCCAGACCAAGACUGACCUCUGCCUUGUAAUGACCAUCAUGAACGGUGGAGACCUCAGGUACUCUUUAUUCCUCUUACCACCAAAUGCAACAAAUCUCAUAUACACACAUAAAUAUAAAACACGCUAUAUACAUUGUGUCCCACUGCUCUCAUAUUCACCCAUCAGUUGUAUAUGGAUAAACCAUAUAUCUGGAUACAGGGAUAAAAUCAGGGCUAUUGUGUAGGAGUAAAUGGUGUCAGAUACUACAAUAAUAUCCUUCAUUUGUGUGUCACAGGUAUCAUAUGUAUAACGUGGAUGAAAAAAACCCAGGCUUUGAUGAGAAGAGGGCAUGUUUCUAUGCAGCUCAGAUCAUCUGUGGGGUGGAGCACCUACACCAGCACAGAAUCAUCUACAGAGACCUGAAACCAGAGAACGUGCUGCUAGAUGAUGCAGGUGAGCCAUUUCCUCUUUGCUCAACCAGUCCUACAGCAGUUAAGACCCCGGUGUCAUGAAUAUCCCUGGGCUGGUUCAUGGGCUGAAUGGAAUAGGCCAAUGAUUAGUGAUCAGUGAGAUUCACUAUUCAUCACUUUCUCCCCACAGGACACGUUCGCUUGUCUGAUAUGGGUCUGGCUGUUGAACUCCCGCCAGGAAAAGACAAAACAAAAGGAUAUGCUGGAACUCCAGGUAGGUGAACACAUCCAAUAUCUGUGAAAGAAAUGAAAACAAAAAUAGGAACCAGGGGAGGAUACACCAUAAGGUAAAUGUUAAAGUAAAAACAAAGACAGUAUUCACCCCUGAAACCAUAUUGUCUGUGAAUUAAGGAUUCAUGGCUCCAGAACUGCUCCAGAAGAAAGAGUAUGACUACUCAGUGGACUACUUCACACUGGGGGUGACUCUCUUUGAGAUGAUUGCAGCGAGAGGGCCCUUCAGAGUGCGAGGAGAGAAGGUAUUAAACCUUUGGAACAAGCACAACAGGAAUCAAAAGUUGCCAAUUCAUCUGUUUGCUCUUGACCGUUGCCAAUUCUUUGUGCUUCUCUGUCUUUAGGUUGAGAAUGAGGAAGUUAUUCGCAGAAUUUUGAAUGACUCACCUCCAUACACACCAAACUUCAGCAAAGACUGCAAGGCAAUCUGUGAUGGCCUGAUGGAGAAAGACCCAGCAAAACGCCUUGGGUUUAAGAACAACAGCUGUGAUGAGCUCAAGAACCAGCCCUUCUUCAAAGAUAUCAACUGGGGUCGCUUGGAAGCAGGUGGGCAACAUGUACAAAACCCUCCAACCAUAGUCGGCACUAAUAUAUACACUGAUUUCUGCAAGAAGUAGCUGGAGUAUCACUACCAACAAUUCCAUUAAUUUAAUCAGUUGAAUGGCAGCAAAAGGUAAAAGAAGAAAUAACAAGCCUAAUAAAACCCAACAUGACUCUCAUUUGUGUAUGUUCUCACUGUCCCAUUUAAAGGUCUGCUAGUUCCGCCAUUCGUCCCUGAUCCUAAGAUGGUCUACGCCAAAAAUAUUGAUGACGUGGGCGCCUUUAGCACAAUCAAAGGCGUGGUCCUGGAUGACAAGGACACCACGUUCUACAAUGACUUUGCCAGUGGCAAUGUCCCAAUCCCCUGGCAGGAGGAAAUGGUCGAGACAGGCGUGUUUGGAGAGUUGAAUAUCUGGGGAGAGGGUGGCAAGCUGCCCAGUGACCUUGACCCAAACUACGUGGAAGCCAAAGGUGGAGGAUGUGUGCUCCUUUGA